AUGGCACUAGAAAUCUUGAGUGUCGCCAAGGAACAUCAACGACGCGGACUUGCAUCAAAGUUGAUGGCCAAAAUGGAGGAUGCAAAGAAAAUGAAAGAGUUCAAUUGCUCUGGAAUCGCUUCGGAAAUUUCGUCGCUGGCUAAUCAGUGUCUCAUGAAGAAGAGAGGAUACACUAUCAUCACUGAAACCCUCCUCGCUUCUGAAUGCGAUGCAUCUGGAAAUCCACUGAUUGUCACCGACGAUGGAACUGAUCGAGUACUUCUUGUCGAAAAAGAUUUCUGA